AUUAUCUCUAUCCCUACUGUUGAUGCGACCUUCUGGCCGUCGUUGUCGUCGCCGACCCACUCAAUUCUCAACUUCAACGUGUCAUUCUUUUGGAGGCUGUGGGCUUCUGCGAUUUUCUCUGCUCUGAACAGAUCGUUCGAUUGCUGUGCUGUCUGCUGUCUGCUGUCGUUUGGAUCCUCCAUGAUAGGUUAACAUUGACUUAGCCAUCACUUCCUUUUUUCUUCAAAAAGACAGCACCAUGAGACGCGGAAUGAUGAGACCGUCUCUGAUGGUCGUAUCAAUAGCACUUUUGCUGCUGCUUCAUCAGAGUGGGACUGCCCGUGCUUUUGUCCGGGAUCAGGUCCCGCAAAUCCCACGGCUUCACCAUGCAAGCAUUAGAGUUAGUAGUACUAGUAGUACCAGUAGAAGACUUAGUAGUACCGGCACUGCAUUGAAAAAGAGCAUGUGGAGCGAAGACAGUGACCUGGAAGGAAGUGAUAAAUUGAAAGCUUGUGUUCCUUACUUUUUGCCUCUUUUGGAUGGAGAUCAUUUUGGCAAGUUUUUGUUUGACCGAAUUCCUCCAGUUGGGUUGCUGCAUGACAUUUUCUUGGGAGGUCUGGUAAACUUGUGGGAUAUUUUCCCCUUUACUGGAUUGGUCUUUUUCAUUGCUCUGACAUUGGGAACCAGACAAAACACAGACAUGGCUAGGAAUGUCAGGUUCUCUGCGCAACAAGCUGCACUCAUUAAUGUGUCUUUGAUAGCUCCUGAACUCAUUGCUGGAUCAUUUGAAGGAGAAGAUAUUCCUAGAGCACUGGCUGAACCUUGCUCCAACUUUACCUAUUAUUACAUACUUUCCCUGGUGGGAUACUGUGUCUUUUGCAACCUAAAGGGAAAGAAACCAGACCAGAUCCCAUUCAUUAGUGAAUGGAGUGAACUAUUGGUGGGACCUUUCUGAGCAUACCACCAUACCAUACCGUGUCAACAAAACGCAACAAAGAACUGUACAUACAAUCGGUAGACUCCAAUAAUGCAAUUCAAUGUACAUAGCAAAUAGUGAACGAACUCAAUCAAUC